GGAAGACUUCACUUCGUGACGGUGCAGGAGGGGCUGCGCCCGGGCGGGGUGGGCGACCGGCCUUCGUGACCCCCGGCCGCCCCUGCCUGGGCUGCUGCCCACGAGCCCCUUUCUGAGCCAGAGGCGCCCGCGGGGAGUCCGCCCCGCAUCCCGGCGUCCAGGGGGCGAGCCUGGGGCGGCGGCGGGCCCUGCAGGCUCCACUGCCUUCUGUGACCUUGUUCGGGCCCGUCCUCCAGCCACGCUCCCCGACUCCGGCUGCCCGGCCGCGCCUCCUCCCCGGGCUAGUGAGCUUCUCUGGGGCGGGACCGUCGAACGAUCAGAGUCCCUUCUCUGGGGCGUGAUCUCGGAGGUGAUGCGUUUGCAUAGUUUUGACUCUUCAUACUGCCUCGGGAAAGCAGGGUUCCCGCGCACUGUGCGCUGCUGCGACCCCGUUGCUUAGUCUGGCACCUGGCGUGGGUGGCAAUCCGCACCUCACACACUGAAAGAUGAAUGAAGCUUCUGGGGGGCAGAUGCUCCAGUGCUGUGGCCGCUUUGGCCUCACCUUAUAUCCCUGCCAAAGAACGUCUGAGGUUAGAGGUCCCUCCGCCAGGACACAUGGAUGCCAACCCACCGAGCCUCAUGGGUUCCCUGGGGUGCUGGUGUAUGUCUUUUCAGGAGGCUGUGACGUUUGGUGACGUGGCCGUACACUUCUCAAGGGAGGAGUGGCAGUGCCUGGACCCUGGCCAGAGGGCACUGUACAAGGAGGUGAUGCUGGAGAACCACAGCAGCGUGGCUGGACUAGGAUUCCUGGUCUUCAAGCCUGAGCUGAUCUCCCGGCUGGAGCAGGGGCAGGAGCCAUGGGUCCUCGACCUGAAGGGAGUCGAAGGGAGAGAGGGGGCAAGGACCUUCCUUACAGAUUCUGCAGGUGGGAUUGCGAGCGAGCAGGCCGGUGAGGACGUGGAUGUUCUAAAAUCAGAACCCUGUGCGGCAAUGGUCAGAAGCCCCCCACCGGCUUUUCCUCAGAGUUCUAGCUUUAGCGAUCCCUCUGAUGGUGCAGUCUGGUCAGAGAGUAAGCCAGGCUCUCUCCAGAGAAACCGCCUGAGCACAGGGACUGUGGCUCCCAGGAAGACCUUCACAAGGGAGGGUGCCCAGGGAUGUGGUGAGCUGGAGAGCAGUGGUGGCCUGGGUUGUCAGCCUGGCGAAAGUCCAGGAGGUGCAGAAGGGACGUCCCGAAGGUGUGACGUGUGUGGCCGAAGCUUCCGGUCUGCUUCAGACAUUGCACUGCGUCGAGAAAUUGAUACACGAAAGAAACCAAACACAUGUCCGGAGUGUAAAACAAAAGUACCCGAUUGUUUGCAGGGGAAGCCUCGAGGUAACUGCCACGGAGAGAAGCCGUAUGAAUGUGAGGAGUGUGGGAAGGUCUUCAGGUUGUGCUCACAGCUUAAUCAGCAUCAGAGGAUCCACACUGGUGAGAAGCCAUUCAAAUGCAUCGAGUGUGGAAAAGCCUUCCGUCUGAGUUCAAAACUUAUUCAGCAUCAAAGAAUUCACACUGGAGAGAAGCCCUACCGGUGUGAGGAGUGUGGAAAGGCCUUUGGUCAGAGCUCCAGCCUCAUCCACCACCAGAGGGUCCACACGGGGGAGAGGCCCUAUGGCUGCCGGGAGUGUGGAAAGGCCUUCAGCCAGCAGUCUCAGCUGGUCAGACACCAGCGGACCCACACUGGAGAGAGGCCCUACCAGUGCCAGGAGUGCGGGAAGGCCUUCAGCCAGAGCUCAACCCUGGCCCAGCACCAGCGGAUGCACGCUGGGGACAAACCUCAACUUCCAAGGAACCCAGAUAGCCCCAGCCUUGUUGCACAUCAGAGAAUACACGCUACAGAGAAGCCAUUUAAGUGUGACGAGUGUGGGAAGGCCUUCAGGUGGGUGUCUCGCCUGAGUCAGCACCAGCUGACCCACACCGGAGAGAAACCUUAUAAAUGCAACAAGUGUGCAAAAGCCUUUGGUUGUAGCUCACGGCUUAUUCGCCACCAGAGAACUCACACUGGAGAAAAGCCAUUUAAAUGUGAGGAGUGCGGGAAAGGCUUUGUCCAGGGCUCCCACCUAAUUCAGCACCAGAGAAUUCAUACUGGGGAGAAACCCUAUGAGUGUAGUGACUGUGGAAAGGCCUUCAGCCAGAGCUCCAGUCUCAUUUACCAUCAGAGAAUCCAUAAGGGAGAGAAGCCGUACGAGUGCCUGGAAUGCGGAAAAGCUUUCAGUAUGAGCACACAGCUCACGAUCCAUCAAAGGGUCCACACUGGGGAGAGACCCUACAAGUGUACCGAGUGCGGGAAAGCAUUCAGUCAAAACUCAACCCUUUUCCAGCACCAGAUCAUCCACGCAGGAGUGAAGCCCUAUGGGUGCAGUGAGUGUGGGAAGGCCUUCAGUCGGAGCUCCUAUCUCAUCGAGCACCAGAGGAUUCACACUCGUGCUCAGUGGUAUCAUGAAUACGGGAAUACCUUGGAAGCUUCUACCCAUGUGAGCCGUAAAAAAGUCAGCACUGUAAAGAAACUGCAUAAAUGUAACGAAUGUGAGAAAAUAUUCAGGUGGCGCUCGCAUCUAAUCAUACAUCAGAGAAUUCACACCGGAGAGAAACCUUACAAAUGUAAUGAAUGUGGCAAAGCUUUUAAUCGGAGCUCCAGGCUUACUCAGCAUCAAAAAAUUCACAUGGGAUAGAGCACUUCCCUUUAUAAAUGUGUAUAAAUGUGAAUAAACCUGCAGCCUUAACUUCAUGUAUUUUAUAUCGUUUAUACUAACAAGAAUUUGGAAUGUGGGGAUAGGUUGCAAAUUAUUAAGAAAAUGUCCAAAUGCAUACCAAGUGGAUGUUUUUUUGGUGGAAUGUGUGACUUUAUCCCACUCAGCAAAGCCUGUGUCCCUCAAGUCAGGGUGCUCGUGCAUAGAGUUCCGAGUUCACAGAGGGAAGACCCAGGCCCUGUGGAUGAGGAGGAGUCCUGGCCAGCUUUGCCAGACCCGUAGCUUAGCAGUUACCCAGAGGGUCUUCCCUCCGCGCCAGGUCCUCGGGCUGGCUUCAGUGGUGGGGGUGUUAGCUCGCGAUAGCGGGAGCCCAGAGAGACGUGCCUAGAACUCCUUCCUCCCAUCUUCUUCACCUGACUCCUCCUCUUCCAAGUCCGCUCCCAUCAGAGCAAGCUGGGGAUCAGCCAGCGGGCCUGGUGCCAGCAAGAGGAGCUCGAUCUGCACACGACUCCAAGAGUAGCACCCGGGCCUAGGGACCUGCUCUGUGAGUCUGGGACGUCACUGUCCCUGGAAUCCAGAGUCGCGCUUAUCUGAGCGUCGUUACAGGGCGAUCGGAAGAGAUGAACUGUGUACGAGAGCCACUCCCCUCCCACACAGACCCCGAGCCAGCAUCUCCAGCCGGACCCAGGCAGACUCGGCACCGCAGGGACGGCUCCUGAGAGCCCAGCAGAUGCUACCAAGAGGCCAGGGUGUGUCCUGUUACUGCUGCUUCCCACGCUUCCUCUGUUCCUCCUGCUUCGUUCCUCCUGCUGUGCAAACUGCCGGAAUAGGGCGGGUCUGCAGACUGACAGGUAAGCCUGUAGCCUGUUCCCAGAGGCUGGUGGAGAUGGAGGCCGUGGGCUCACCAGCAGGAUGGGGCUAACCAAUUCUGGUGCCGGCCUCGCCCUAGCGUCCUGGACUCACCACUGUGAGAAAGUUCGAGGGGACCAGAAGUCUUAGAUUGGCUACUGCCCACUUCCACUCACUCAAGACCUGCCCAUCUGUGGUGUCAUUGCCAGUUACCACCGGGGCAAAAUUUGGGCCAAAGACCCCUCCCUGUCCCCGUGGAGAGGCCCGUUUCUUCAACAUAGACAAAGGUAAUCCAGAGGGACACAGGUCAGUCACUUGAGUAUUGCAACACAUGACUUGGGUCACCAGCACACUGGUCUGGUUAAGCCUGUGGGUAGUUCCCCGAGACACAGGCUUGAUGGGCACGUGUGGUACAGCCCAGUAUCAGGUUAUGGAUUUGUAUCAGGUGAAAAAAGGGCUGGCUGGCCCUGUGUUUGAGCUAGGAGGUUCCAGAAUUAUCUGGCAUAGGGAACAGCAGAGUUUGGGGUGGUCUGGUCCAUCAGGUUUGGUUCCUGGCACGUUGACAGGGAUCUCCGCCCUGUAGCACGUCAGCCCAGUCAUAGCCGGGCACCAUGUGUGACGUGCUCUCAGGCGGCAGUGCUGGUUCUAGGGGGGAUUGCCCCCCAGCCUGUACCUGCACCUUUAGAGGUGGUCCCUCUCCAGGAGCAGGACACCAUGAGGUCAUUGUGCCCAUUUCAGUAGCUGUAACAGCCUCUUCAGCUGUCCCUACUCCGCCCAGAACUUGUGUCCAAAGGCGUCAAUGCAAGGGGACCAGGGACUUUGUGGGCCCACGUGCCCUAGGCAGCCUGGUCGCUGAAUGUGCCAUCCCCAGAAAGGAAUCCUCUCUGCCACCUCUGGGUAGUAGGACGCCAGGGUCGGAGGUUCUAUGUAUUCAACCUGGGCAGGAUGCCAUCCUCCCAACAGCAACUGCAGACCAGCCAGAAGGCCCAGAGGGUUCCACCUAAAUCUGCACCUGGAUUCUCUCUCUAGAUGGACAUGGCCCUCGAUCGGGGCUGGCACAGCCGGCCAGGGGGCAAGAUGCAGCCUGCGGCCUGUGAAAGCAGGCAUGCAGGCCAUAGGCCGGGUGGCAGGUCACAGUCUAAGCCAGAGUCCGCUCCUGUAAAUGCACUCCUCUGAGGGCGUGGGUUUAGGGACGAACACAGAUCCCAAGCCACAAGCAGUCAGCCGGGUUCCUAGCUCUGCUCUGCAUCUUCUCUGGCAGCCCCUCUUCCCGCUCCUGGCAGCACGGAGCUCCCAGUUUUUCAGUUGGGCGCUGCCCGGUUCCAGUCCAUGUUUGCUCAAAGAAACUCUUCAAAAAUUUGAUGUACCUCAGUUUACCUCUUAAAAAGCUUAAAAGCUAAGAAGGGUUUUUACAUUUUUAAGUGGGGAAAAAAAAAGACUAUUUUGUGACAUUUGAAAAUUAUAUUGAAAUCAAAUUUCAGUGUGACCAAAUAAAGUUUAUUGGAACCGA